AUGUUGAGCAGGAGCACCUCGUCGCGACGUCGGAGGGCGUCGCGAAGCGCCGCGUCGUCGCCGCAGACGCGCGGCACCAGGUCGGCGGCGACGUCGCCCGGACGUCGCGCGAGCAUCGCCGUGUCGCCCGUGGACAGCGAGCGUGCCUCAAGGAACGCUCUCCUGCCCGAGGUCAAUCGCAGUCCCAGACACAGCAUCAUUCCGGACAUAUCGCUCGACACGCACACGAUCAGGGAUAACGACAACGCCCUUCUUGCCCCUGACAGUGCUCUGAGCCCAAGAAACAGCCUCGUUCCCGAUUCAUCAGCCCUGAGAAGUCCCCGCCACAGUCUAGUGCCAAACGACACCUACCAACGAAGCCCACGCAACAGCCUAGUCCCCGAUUCCGCCCUCAGCCCCAGAAACAGCCUGGUCCCCGACCAGUUCAACCGCAGUCCCAGAAACAGCUUGGUCCCCGACACAAACCGCAGCCCCCGUCACUCCCUGACCCCCGACAACAAUCCGUACGGUUCCAGAUUGAGCAUCGGCCCGGACUACAACCGGAGUCCCAGGAACAGCUUGGUGCCGGACGUGGGACGUACACAGAGACAAAGCUUGACACCGUCGGAGUCGACGUUGUGGAACGGACCGGAGGAGAUCGGUCGCAGUCCCAGACACAGCAUUAUUCCGGACUCGAAUCGCAGUCCACGUGGCAGCAUCGCACCAGAAAGUCUCAUUAAGACCAGUCCUAGGGGAAGUAUAGCCGGGGAGUAUGUGGGAGACAGGAGUCCUAGGGGCAGCAUAGGGCCGGAGAGCUCCGAGAGGAGUCCCAGGGGAAGUUUGGCGAGGAGCACCUUGGCCACCGACGAAUGUGGCAGAAGUCCGAGGGGCAGUUUGACGUUGACCUUCCAGGAACCCCUCGCUUCGGAAAGGAGGAGCAGCGCAGAUAAUGCUACAGGUGCCCGAAGAAGCACGUCGCCCUACAGGUCAGCGUCACGGGGUACCGUCAACAUGGGAUACAGUGGCAACUCGGGGUUCUCUGAGACUGGCUCCAGAAGAGCCAGCAGCUCCGUUAGUCAGGUGUCCGGCGACGAACAGCGUCGCCUCUGUGCCGACCAGAAAUAUGGGCCUGCUAGCGAACCGGGUCUCGGUCUGGGCAUUUCCCUGACCACUUACGGUUCCGUUGCCUACCAGCUGAAGGAUGCCAAUUUGGAGGCCACAGGCACGUGCGAUUUCGUCUGCAAAGCGAUGAGUAUUGUCAAUAAAACUGUUGUUGUUACAAUCGUGUUGGUGUGUUUGUCAAUUCUGCCCGUUAUAAUGCUUAUCAUGGGAAUACAAUUUUUGCGGGAUUGUCCGAGGGAGCCCAACAUUCCUAUUUACAUGGUCAUCGGUGGUGGGGUGGGAUGUGUUAAAAUGGGGAUGACUCUUUACAGUCAACUUCACACUAGAAGAAUGGAGGUCGGAGUUAUGAAUGCUACUUCUAUUGGUUCCAAGGUUGCUUCGGUGGCCUUGACCGUGCUCCUGAUCACCUGGUUCGCCCUGGGCAACUACUGGAUCCUCCGCAUCAAAUGGCCCGACUACACGCCGACCCUCUACGACCCGAACCGCUGGUGCCACCGCACCCUCUACGUCUUUUCGCUGGUGCACCUCUGCAUCGUCUACUCUGUGAUCGGCAUGAUCGUGGUCCUGGUCGUGGUCCUUGCCGGAUGCCAGCUAUUCGGCUGCCCAUGGCUUGGACCGGCCAGGUACAAAUAG